CUCGUAUGGUGCUUCUAUCGAUAUCGAUAUCGUUAGCAUCAGCGAAUUUACUUUUUUGGAUCAUUCUUGACAGAGACCUCUUUGUUUCCUUUCUUCUUUUCCCUUCCUUUUGUGUCAUCACCAUUAUGGGCGACCAAAAGGCAGUCAUUGUAGGCCUCUCAGGCUGCUCAUCCAGCGGCAAGACAACCCUCGCGAGGUUAUUGCGUGACAUAUUCCCAAACACCUUCGUCCUACACGAGGAUGACUUCUACCGUCCAGAAGAAGAGCUCCCCACGAGACAUGGUCUCCUAGACUGGGACUGCGCCGAGUCGCUGAACAUUCCCGAUAUGGAGAAGGCUCUCACACAUAUCCGCUCCGAGGGCACAUUUCCUCCCUUUGUGGAUUCGAAAGAAGACAAGAACUCGGUAGGACAGUGUCCCGCCUCCGAGGCCAAGAUAGCAGCCAUGAAGGCCAAGGUCUCAGCCUGGCUGGAACCGGGCAAACCAGGCCACGACAUAUUCAACAAUGACACCGCCGCAUCAGCCUCCUCAUCUCCGCUCCGGAUGUGUCUCCUCGAUGGCUUUCUCCUCUACUCCCCACCAGACUUCAGCGGCAUCAUGUCCCUGCUCGACAUCAAGCUCUUCCUGCAGGUGAGCCACGCCAAGGCGACCCAACGGCGCGAGGCGAGAGACGGCUAUGUCACGCUCGAGGGCUUUUGGAAGGACCCGCCGGGCUACGUGGACAAGAUCGUGUGGCCAAACUACGUCGAUGCCCACGCGUGGAUGUUCGAGGGCGGCGAUGUCGAGGGGGGUAGGCUGGCUUGGGAUGUGCUGCGGGAGAAAGGGGUCCUGGCCCAGCAGUCGUCCGAAGCGAAGGAGGGGGGCGGCCGAAGUGUGGACUUUGACUUUGAGGAGACGCUCGAGUGGGCGGUUGAGCAGGUCAUGGGGGCCUUGGAGGGGUGGCAUGCCAGAAAGUGAGGUAUUUCGCCGCCUAUCAACCUCGCCUAGCUCAUAAGGGUUGAUCUACAGUGAUCUUAUCCAACGAGAGGCCGAUCUAGGUCCAAGUCAUGUGGAAGAUAUGUAUCUCGAGUGAAUCGCCCUCUUGACAAAGGCGGUUGUUUGGAAAGCAGUACCCAGAAAUCCAAUUUUUACUU